GUAUUUAUCACGUGACCGUUACUCUCCUGGCGGGGUGGUGUACAUUUCACACACGUUUUCGAAGGCUGUUUCCUUGCCAGCCUGGAUUUUACCUUUCGAGAGCCCAUAGCAGUAUCGGUGUGACGCGGAACAGGAGCCGGGAGCCAAGAUGGGGGAUGUCUAUCAGGACCCGUACAGUGAUGGGUACAUGGAACAAGAGGAAGAAUGGGAGAGGGAGGGACUCCUGGACCCUGCUUGGGAAAAACAGCAGCGAAAGACCUUCACAGCAUGGUGUAACUCCCAUCUCCGAAAAGUGGGCACACAGAUUGAAAAUAUAGAGGAGGACUUUCGUAAUGGCUUGAAAUUAAUGUUGUUAUUAGAAGUGAUAUCAGGGGAACAACUACCAAAACCAGACAGAGGCAAAAUGAGAUUCCACAAAAUAGCAAAUGUGAACAAAGCAUUGGAUUUUAUCGAAAGUAAAGGAGUGAGACUGGUGAACAUUGGUGCUGAAGAAAUUGUUGAUGGUAACUUAAAAAUGACCCUUGGUAUGAUCUGGACCAUCAUCUUAAGGUUUGCUAUCCAAGAUAUUUCAGUAGAAGAAUUGACUGCAAAAGAAGGUCUGCUGCUAUGGUGUCAGAGAAAGACGGCUCCUUACAAGAACGUCAACGUCCAGAACUUCCAUCUUAGCUUUAAAGAUGGCUUAGCAUUCUGUGCCCUUAUACACAGACACAGACCUGAACUUCUUGACUAUGACACUUUGUCUAAGGAUAAUCCUCUGGACAACUUGAAUCUGGCUUUCGAUGUUGCUGAGAAACAUUUGGAUAUUCCAAAAAUGUUGGAUGCAGAAGACAUGGUAAACUCGGCCAAGCCAGAUGAAAGAUCAGUGAUGGCCUACGUAUCUUCAUACUACCAUGCAUUCUCUGGGGCCCAGCAGGCUGAGACUGCAGCUAACCGUAUCUGUAAAGUGUUGAAAGUCAACCAGGAGAAUGAAAGACUCAUGGAGGAAUAUGAAAGAAUGGCCAGUGAUUUGCUGGAGUGGAUCCGACGCACCACUCCCUGGCUGGAGAACAGACACACAGACAACACUUUGCCAGGGACACAGAAGAAAUUAGAAGAAUUCCGUGAUUACAGAAGAAAGUACAAACCUCCCAAGUUGGAGGAGAAAGCGAGGCUGGAAACCACCUUCAAUACCUUACAAACUAGAUUGCGCCUCAGCAACAGACCUGCUUAUCUCCCCACAGAGGGCAAAAUGGUCUCCGAUAUUGCCAAUGCUUGGAAGGGUCUUGAAGGGGCAGAGAAGGGAUUUGAGGAGUGGCUUCUGUCUGAACUGCAGAGAUUGGAACGCCUUGACCAUUUGGCUCAGAAGUUCAAGCACAAGUGUGACAUUCAUGAAGAAUGGGCCUUCGGAAAGGAAGACAUGUUGCAAAGCCAGGAUUUCAAGAAAUGUCGACUGAAUGAGCUGAAGGCCAUGAAGAAGAAACACGAAGCAUUUGAAAGCGACCUGGCAGCUCAUCAGGACAGAGUAGAACAGAUCGCUGCUAUUGCAUCAGAACUGAACACCUUGGAUUACCAUGAUUCGCCAUCUGUAAACGCAAGGUGUCAGCGCAUUUGUGACCAAUGGGAUGCCUUAGGUACACUAACACAAAGGAGAAGGUCGGCUUUAGAGGAGGCUGAAAGAAUUUUGGAGAGAAUUGAUACACUUCACCUUGAAUUUGCCAAAAGAGCUGCUCCUUUUAACAACUGGAUGGAUGGGGCAAAGGAGGAUCUGGUGGACAUGUUUAUUGUGCAUACCACUGAAGAAAUUCAGGGGUUGAUAGAUGCCCAUGAACAGUUCAAGCAAACCCUUGGAGAGGCAGACAAGGAAUUCAACUCCAUCAUUGGGCUGGUGACCGAGGUGACUCGUAUGUGUCAGCAGUAUGACUUGGUGUUGCCAGAAAACCCUUACACCACACUGUCUGCUAAGGAGGUUGGUACUCAAAGUGAACAAUCAUCUGACGCGGAGUCAGAAUGCAUGGACAUUGCAUCCAAAUGGGAGGAAGUGAAACUCUUGGUGCCACAGCGCGACCAGACCCUCCACCAGGAAAUGCUGCGCCAACGUAACAAUGAUCGCCUGCGCAAUCAGUUUGCAAAUAAAGCCAAUGUGGUCGGUCCCUGGAUCGAGAAGCAUCUUGAUGCGGUGGCAUCGGUGGGCAUGAACACAAAGGAGUCCUUGGAACAACAGAUGCAGAGGCUCAAGUCGUACGAAGAGAAUGUUCUUGCCUUCAGACCUAACAUGGAUGAGUUGGAGAGAUACAAUCAGGAAGUACAAGAAGCUAUGAUAUUUGACAACAGAUUUACACAAUACACCAUGGAAACCCUGCGUGUAGGCUGGGAGCAGCUGGUGACAUCUAUUGCCAGAAAUAUCAAUGAAGUGGAGAAUCAGAUCAUGACCAGAGACUCCAAGGGCAUCAGCCAGGAACAGAUGGAGGAGUUCAGGAAGUCUUUCAAUCACUUCGACAAGAAUCGCACCCGCUCUCUGGAGGGCAAAGAGUUUAAGGCCUGUCUUAUUAGCUUAGGUUAUAACAUCAGGGAUGAUAGACAGGGUGAAGCAGACUUCCAGCGUAUUAUGUCCAUAGUAGAUCCAAAUGGCACUGGUAGAGUGACAUUCGAUGCCUUCCUUGACUUUAUGACCCGCGAGACUACUGACACCGAUACUGCUGAGCAGGUCAUGCAGUCCUUCAAGAUCUUAGCUGGAGAUAAACCUUACAUCACAGCGGAAAUCCUGCGUACAGAGUUGCCUCCAGACCAGGCUGAAUACUGUAUCCAGAGAAUGGCACCAUACUCCGGAGUCGACAGCACCAAAGGAGCUCUUGACUACACUUCCUUCUCCACAGCACUGUAUGGAGAAAGUGACUUGUAAGCAGCAAAGGAUUACAUGCUUGAUGCCUGCUUAAAAGUUAUCAUGGCACCCAGCUCCUUGGAAGCAACAUCUGCACUGUUAAAGGGGGAAAGAACUACACAUAACAGUUAUAACAGUAAAGUUUUAUUAAUGGAUGAAAGGAAAAAAUUGAAAUAGAACUUGUAGUUCACCAGUCUCCUAUUUGAUGCCAUAUUAUUAUGCUUGUUAAAUCUUUACCAAUUAUAUGAACUGUGUUAGAUCUAGGUGUGGGGUGUAGGUAGUGAAUGAUGACACCACAGCUUGUUUGUAGAUCUAUCUUCUGUCAGAUCCUGACAACUUUGUGUUGAUUCAUUUGGUCGUGAACCCUCUACUGUCAGAUACAGGGGGUUGUCUGACAGUUAGAGGGCAAAGUGAUCAAGUAUUUGUGUAUCUUUUGUAUGUAUAUUUCCACUGUACACGAUUAAAAAAAGCUUGAGAUAUGUCUUAUGUAUAUGGCUGUACAUGUCUCCUUUUGUAUGAUGCUGCACUUUGCACUUGUAAAUGUGAAACACUUACUGAUCAUAAACUAUCUCUAUAGAAAGCAACACAUUUACCCAAAGUACAUGUUGGGGUGUUUUAGUGUAUGUAUAAGGGCUAUAAUGAAAUUGAAUGCAAAUUAUUAAAACUAUGCUGGGUUGGGGUGCAUUGUAGAAGCUUAAGAACUUGAGUUCAAAAGUUAAGAAGACUGAGCAGUAGCUGUAGGAGACCUUUUAUUUAAUGACUGACUAACAUACUGAAAUGAUUGGAGAACAUGAAAACCUACAUUGUAGAUCAGCUGUGAGAUUUAAAUGAGGAUCAGAGGAAGGGCUUGAGGUCUCCCUUCAUGAUUAGCAUGAGGGAUAUUUAUCUGCUUAAACACCAUUUUAUACUUAUUAUAAUGAAUAGUACUUUGUAAAAAAAUGCUCAAGUAAUGAAAUAUAUAUAUGAAUAAAAAAUGGGGCUUCUAGAGUAGCAGACUACGAGUUGAGGUGUGUAUUAUUCAGCAGACUUUUCACAACUAAUCCGAUGUAAGCUCUCUUUAGCAGAAUAUUUUGAACAUCAGACAGAUCAGAAGUGGGCACAGCAUCUGCUCAAGAGAGCUUGCACCACUAUUUUGAGAGUUGUCUAUUAAGGCUAUUUCUCUAUUUUGAGAAUACUGUAAUGACCCUUCUGAAUGGGAAUAAAUGAAACAACACUUAUCCAUG